CAUACGCCGGAGACCGUCAGCUGGCAAAUCCGCUGAACUCUUCCCCGUUUCCCUGGUUCUCUCCUUCCAGCCCCUUCUCUCUCUCCGUCCCUGUCAUAGGUUCCAUGUCCACUUUUGUCUUAUCUUUUCCCCCAACCGACGAGGAGAAGCUAAUGGAAGUGGAGUGACGGACAAAGGAAGAGAAGCAGAGGAAGGGAGAAGAGGAUAUGGCGUGGGGCAGGAAAGUUUCCAGAGACUUGCAGCUAGCGAGCGUGUGGAGGGGGGACGACUGGGACAACCUAGAGGAGGUGCGGCUGCUCGACGACGACCGCGACGGCGACGGCGAUGGCCACUACGACGUCGAGAGCGGUGGCCUCUCUGCCGAGAGAGAGGGGAAAGCGAUUCAGGUGAGGAUAACGGGCAUGACAUGCACGGCCUGCUCCAGCUCCGUGGAGCAAGUUCUCUGCUCUCUCCCAGGUGUCAUCCGGGCCUCCGUUGCCCUCCUCCACAACAAGGCCGACGUCCUCUUCGAUCCUUCUGUCAUCGAGGAAGAAGGGAUUAAACUAGCAAUUGAAGAUGCAGGGUUCGACGCCGAAAUCCUGAAGGAAUCUCUUCUCUCUUCAUCAAAGCAGCACGGGACCUUGAUCGGCCAAUUCAGGAUUGUAGGAAUGAGCUGCGCAGCUUGUGUAAGCUCUGUGGAGGGCAUCUUGAGAAAGCUGCCAGGCGUUAAACAUGCCGCUGUCGCUUUAGCAACCUCCUCAGGGGAGGUCGAGUAUGAUCCUGAUGUUAUCAGCAAGGAACGGAUAGUGCAGGCGAUUGAAGAUGCUGGCUUUGAUGCUUCAUUUCUGCAGAGUAGUGAACAAGAUAAAAUUUCUGUUGGCAUAAUUGGGCUCUAUAAUGAAACGGAUUUGCAUCUCUUAGACGGUCUACUUAAUCGUUUGAAGGGAGUUCGGGAUUUUGUCAUGAAUAAGGAAACCUCGGAAUUGGAAAUUUUAUAUGAUCCAGAAGUCACUGGUUUGAGAACAAUAGUUGAAUCUAUAUAUCGAGAAAGUGGUGGUAAAUUUGAAGCUCUUCUUCAGAAUCCAUACUUGAAAUUCAUUGCUACUGAUGUAGAAGAGUCGUCAAAGAUGUUUCGACUUUUCAUGUCGAGCUUGUACCUUUGCGUCCCAGUUUUUCUCAUAGGGGUGGUAUGCCCUCAUAUACCGCAUCUUCAUUCAUUACUACUGCGGCGCUGUGGCCCAUUUUUUGUUGGUGAUUGGCUAAAAUGGGCUUUAGUUACUCCAGUUCAAUUUGUUAUUGGCAAACGCUUCUAUGUCUCAGCUUUCAGAGCUUUGCGUCAUGGGUCUGCCAACAUGGAUGUAUUGGUUGCACUUGGAACUUCAGCUACUUAUUUCUACUCUGUCUAUGCAUUGCUGUAUGGGGCCAUGACUGGAUUUUGGUCUCCAACAUACUUUGAGACAAGUGCUAUGCUGAUAACGUUUGUGUUAUGGGGAAAGUACCUUGAAGCUGUGGCAAAAGGAAAAACAUCAGAAGCUAUCAAGAAACUUAUAGAACUUGCUCCAGCAACUGCAUUGCUUCUUAUCAUGGAUUCAGGAAAGUGCAUUGGAGAACGAGAGAUCGAUUCUUUAAUAGUUCAGCGUGGUGAUGUUUUGAAAGUCCUUCCUGGUUCAAAAGUUCCUACUGAUGGUGUGGUGGUAUGGGGUUCCAGUCAUGUUAAUGAAAGUAUGGUUACUGGUGAAGCUGAACCUGUUCUAAAGACUCUCAAUUCUUCGGUGAUAGGAGGCACCAUUAAUUUACAUGGAGUUCUGCACAUAAAAGCUACCAAAGUGGGGUCCAGUACUGUUCUAAACCAGAUAAUAUCCUUAGUAGAAACAGCUCAAAUGUCAAAGGCACCCAUUCAGAAAUUUGCAGACUUUGUUGCUAGCAUUUUUGUUCCAACUGUUGUGCUGCUGUCGUUGAUGACCUUUUUUGGCUGGUACUUCUGUGGCACCUUCGGUGCAUUCUCAGAAGCAUGGUUGCCUGCAAAUAGUAGUUAUUUUGUUUUUGCCCUCAUGUUUGCUAUAUCGGUUGUGGUUAUUGCCUGCCCUUGUGCACUUGGAUUGGCCACACCUACAGCUGUCAUGGUUGCGACUGGUGUUGGGGCUAAACAUGGAGUUCUUAUCAAAGGUGGAGAUGCCUUGGAAAGGGCCCAAAAGGUUCAGUAUGUUGUCUUUGACAAGACUGGUACCCUUACACAGGGCAAGCCAGCUGUUACCUCAAUCAAGAUUUUUACAGAUAUGGAUCUAUGUGACUUUCUGGAGUUGGUUGCUUUUGCUGAGGCAAGUAGCGAGCAUCCAUUGGCAAGAGCAAUUAUAGAGUAUACACACCAUUUCCUUUUUUAUGGUGGAGAUCCUAUCACUAAGGGUUCUGAUGCGCAUUCAGAGGAAUCAAAAUAUUCCUUUUGGGCUGAUCACGUUACAGACUUUUCUGCUUUGCCAGGCAAGGGUGUGCAAUGCAUGAUAGAUGGGAAGUUAGUUUUGGUUGGUAGCCGCAUGCUGCUAUCUGAAAGAGGGGUUUCAAUACCUUCAGAGGCUGAGAAGUACUUGAUGGCAGUGGAAGAAUAUGCUAAGACUGGAAUACUUGUGGCUUAUCAUGGUUCCUUUGUUGGCAUUUUGGUGGUCUCAGAUCCCCUUAAGAAAGAGGCAACGGUUGUUAUUGAAACCCUAAAAAAAAUGGGCAUUGUACCAGUCAUGGUGACAGGGGAUAACUUGAGAACAGCUCGAGCUAUAGCUAAAGAGGUCGGUAUUUCACACGUAGAAGCAGAAGUGAUGCCAGCUGGGAAAGCUGAAGCGAUUCGCUCUCUUCAAAAGGAUGGGACGGUGGUCGCCAUGGUUGGCGAUGGCAUCAAUGAUUCACCUGCCCUUGCAGCGGCCGAUGUAGGGAUGGCAAUUGGUGCUGGAACCGACAUAGCAAUUGAAGCCGCAGAUUAUGUGCUGAUGAGGAGCAACCUUGAGGAUGUUAUCACUGCAAUUGAUCUGUCGAGGAAGACCUUUGCAAGAAUACGCUGGAACUAUGUAUUUGCAAUAGGCUACAACAUCCUCGCAAUUCCCCUGGCAGCAGGAGCUCUGUUUCCUGUCCUUAAGAUGAGGCUGCCACCGUGGGUUUCUGGAGCCUGCAUGGCUUUCUCCUCCGUAAGUGUUGUCUGUUCAUCACUGCUUUUGAGAAGAUACAGAAGGCCGACGCUGACGAGUAUGGUAGAGAUGACAAAGGAAUAAAUGGGCAAGAGCCUUCCUGAUGUAUGUUGAUCUAAUCCAUCGCCUUGUAAGAGGUCCAUGUCCUGUUUGAAUAGUUGUAGCUUCUCUCUCUCUCUCUCUCUCUCUCUCUUUCGGUGAGCCCACUAGAUCUGAAGGUGUCUGCAACUCAUGGUAGUGCUGCUGAGAAUAUUGGACCCUGUAUCCAUCCUCAAGUAGGUUUUUCUCUGGAGUACCUAUAGAUCGAGCUAUAAAGGUGAUCUUAUGCGGUGGAGCCAUUCUCCUAAGAGAAAUUCGAGGCGACAUUCGGAGGGAAAACUUGAAACGCAAUUGUUAUGGUAGAUUGCUGGUCCUGGCUGCGAGCAAGUUUUGAAACAACGACUUGCCGGGAUUUGAUCAUUGGACCAAGUAGUGAGCAUCCAGAUCUGCCAACCGUAUAUGGAAGGCCACUUCCUAUCAAAACCACGUAGCUGGUAAAACUUAUUGCUGGAAAGAGGGUUGACAUCCUUUGCGGGUUAAAUGAUCUUCCCUCUCUCUCUCUCUCUCUCUCUCUCUGGCAUGCAUACUCUCUCUAGCGGGCAUCCUUAGCUCUCUCCAGUGCAUAAGACGUAAAUGCAUCUGCACACGAACAAGAUCGUACCUUGGUUAGGUUCUUUUUCUUUCGCUUUUUGGUUAGGUGACUUGUGCCGGGAAGGGGAAGGGUGUAGCAUAACCUUUUGUUUCGUUUGAAGAGUAUUUCAGAUAUUUGGAAGGUAGUUUGGUUAAUAUAUUUCCAAGUGGAUAUCCACAAUUUUAUCA